AUGGAAAAGGUUGAAAUUUCCUUCAGAGAGGACUUUGACCCCAAUCUAGAUGCUGAUGACUGCUACAGUGAUUCAGAUGAUGAAGACUUACUAGAUGUACUUACCCCAUCUAGACAAGACCUUUUGGUUGACCCUGCAAAGGGACAUAACAGAACUAUUGCAAAAUACAUAACUGAGAACAGGAAUCUGGAUAUCUGUGUGUCUGAUGGUGGAGCUAAAGCAAUAGUGGUGGUCAAUCAGGCCGGGAAACUGAGAUUCAGGUACACUGGACAUACUCCUGCUCCAAAGAACCAAUCAUAUGAUCCAAUAGGAAUCACCACAGACAGUCAGAGUCACAUCCUUACAGCUGAUUAUAUCAAUCACUGUGUCCACAUCAUAGACCAGGAUGGACAGUUCCUCCGUUACAUUGACUGUGGACUGAGUUAUCCCCAUGGACUGUGUAUGGAUACAAAUGACAAUCUGUUUGUUGCUCAAAAUGGAAACAAAAAUGUGGAGAAAGUUAAAUAUCUGCAGUGA